CUGAUAGUAACACCUACGCUCAUAUCCACGUAACCUCCUCAAUGGCCGAUCCUGGUACAACCACAAGCGAUGUUUACGUCCGCGAAGUCCGCCCCACCGACUCCCCCGCGCUGAACCGCAUCUGCCUCCUCACCGGCGCCGCCGGCCAAUCCGCCGAGCACCUCCACACCUUCGGCGAGCUCAUCGGCCUCGUCUACGCCGAGCCGUACGCGCACCUGCCCGCCGCAUUCGGGUUCGUCAUGGUCGACCCGGCGAAGCCAGAGGACAGCCAGGUCGUCGGCUACGUCCUGGGCUCGUACGACACGCAGACGUUCGAGCAGCACGCCGCGGACGAGUGGUUCCCGCGCGUCCGCGCAAAGUACGCGUAUCCGCCCGAGGCGAACGCUGGGGCGACGGACGCGGACAGGCGCUACAUCGGCAUUCUGCACAACCCGUCGCGUUCUCCCCAAGCGGCGCUCGAGUACUCGCCCGCACAUCUGCACAUCGACAUUCUCCCCGAGUACCAGCGCCAGGGGUGGGGCAGGAAGCUCAUCGCGCGCGCGAUCACGUAUCUGCGGGAGGAGCGAGGGUUGAGCAGGUUGUGGUUGGGGCUUGACACGAAGAACGACGGGGCGAAGCGGUUCUACGAGAGGCUAGGAUUCACGGAGCUGCCUGGGGCCCCUGCGGGGACGAUGGGCGUGGAGUUCGCAGCGUUCGAAGGACGGUGACGCCGCAUGACUGAGUUUGACCGUCGCUAGAGAACACUCGUACAUAGCUCCUAUUACGACAUACACAUCCAACAACUACGG